AUGGUAGUAAUUAAUAUUUUAAUUCUACUAAUAGCAAGUGUCAAUGCCAUCACAUUCACAAUAACAAACAACUGCGAGUUCACCGUCUGGCCGGCCACCCUCUCCGGCGGCGGCCACCCGCUACUCGAUACCACCGGCUUUACCCUCGACCCCGGCUCCACCGUCUACCUCCCAGCCCCACCUACGUGGUCCGGCCGCCUCUGGGCCCGCACCCACUGCUCCACCGACCCCACAGGCAGAUUCUCGUGCCUCUCCGGCGACUGCGCCUCCGGCUCCAUCUCCUGCUCCGGCGCCGGCGGUAUCCCUCCCGCCACCCUAGCCGAGUUCACUCUCGACGGCGCCGACGGCAACGACUUCUACGACACCAGCCUCGUCGACGGCUUCAACUUACCACUAUCGAUCGUUCCGGACGUCGCCGGCUGCAGUGCCACCGGCUGCGCCAGUGACGUUAAUCAGCUGUGUCCGGUGGAGCUGCAACAGACGGCUGAUGACGGCGAAGUGAUAGGCUGCAAAAGUCCCUGCUUGGUCUUCCAGACGGACCAGUACUGUUGUACGGGGGCGUACAGUGAUCCGCACACGUGUACUGCUACGGACUACUCGAGGGUGUUUAAGGAUGCUUGUCCGCGCGCUUAUAGCUACCCUUAUGAUGAUCCGACGAGCACCUUUACGUGCGUUGGGGCAAAUUAUCUGAUUACUUUUUGUCCUGUUGAUGGAAUAUAG